AUGAGUCGUGCAGUAUUACAACCAUUUGAAGAAUACUAAAAAGCCAGAGUUCAAUUUGUGUAAACAGUAGCUGUAUUAGCUAGAAAGCCUUAAAACAUCGAAGCAUUGCAAGCAGCUGGUGUUAUGGCCUUACUUAAGCCAUUAUUAUUAGACAAUGUUCCAUCAAUCCAACAAAGUGCAGCCUUAGCAUUAGGUCGUUUAGCCAAUUAUUCCGAAGAUUUAGCUGAAGCAGUAGUCUCAGCCGAUAUAUUGAACCAAUUAGUAUUAAGUCUAUCUGAAUAGAAUCGUUUUUACAAAAAAGCAGCUGCCUUUGUCCUCAGAGCAGUAGCUAAACAUUCGACAAGUUUGGCCUAAAAUGUCGUCGAUUCAGGCGCAUUGGAUGCUUUAGUUGUUUGUUUGGAAGAAUUCGAUCCUUCAGUUAAAGAAGCAGCUGCUUGGGCUCUUUCAAAUAUUGCAAAACACUCUAGUGAUUUAGCUUAAAGUGUGGUUGAAGUUGGAGCUGUUCCUUUAUUAGUUUUAUGUCUUUAAGAGCCUGAAACUGCUCUUAAAAGGAUAUCUGCAGGUGCUUUAGGUGAAAUAUGUAGACAUUCUUAAGAAUUAGCAUAAAGUGUCGUUGAUGCAGGUGCUGUGCCAUUUUUGAGUGCAUUAAUUCCACAUAAUGAUGCUUAAUUGAAAAGAUAAGUAUGUAAUUGUUUGGGUUACAUUGCUAGACAUACAAUUGAUUUGGCAGAAAGAGUAGUCGAAGCUGAAGUAUUCCCAAAAAUACUCUAUAGGCUGAAAGAUUAGGAUUUAUUAGUCAGAAAAUUCGCAGCUACUUGUAUACGUGAAAUAGCUAAAUAAUCAUAAGAUAUGGCAAAACUUAUAUGUAAUUCUGGGGGAGCAGUAGCCAUAGUAGAUUAUAUUAAUGAUGCUAAAGAAAGUGCUAGACUUCCUGGAAUUAUUACCUUAGGUUAUAUUUCUGCUUUUGACGAAUCUUUAGCUAUGGGUGUAAUUUCAGCAAAAGGUAUUCCUCCAUUAAAAGAUGCACUUAUUAAAGAAAAAGAUGAUCUAGUUUAAGCUGCUGCAGCCUGGACUUUAGGUUAAAUUGGAGGACAUAGUCCUGAUCAUGCAAGGGCUAUGGCUGAAGCAGAUAUUCCAAGUGCAUUAUUAGCAGUGUAUAAAUUUAAAGAUAGUAGUGAAGAUUUAAAAAAAAAAGCUAAAAAAGGCCUUAAAAGUAUUUUGUAAAUGUGCAGUUUCUUAAAUGCUUUAGAGCCUUUAAUUUCUGAAGCUCCAGACGAUAUUUUAUAAUAUGUAUUACAUUAAUUUGCUAAAACUCUCCCACAUGAUAAUGUGGCGAAAAAGAGUUUCGUUUAAUCCGAAGGUCUUAAAAAAAUUUAAGAAAUUAAAGCUGCUCCAGGAUCCAAAUUAAGAUAGUAUAUAGAUUCUAUUAACUCUAUUUAUCCCUAGGAAAUCAUUUAAUAUUAUACUCCCGGUUAUUAGUAAACUUUACUUAAAAAAUUGGAUGACUAUAAUACUGGUGAUUGAUUUAUUUUAUUUUUUGUUCUUGUUUUUCUACAUUUUUUUUUAGUUUAAUAUUUUAUAUUACAAAUUAUUUUAUUUUUUUAUG